AUGAAGCUCAUGACCGGCAUCAUCACUGCAAUGAUUGCCUUCUUUGCAACAACCUCCUUCGCUGAAUCUGAAGGUGGCUUCAUGGAACCCUGCAAGACAGUCAGUCUCAAGGAAGCAUUUUAUAAACCAUGUAAAGAAUGUCCGAGACGCGCCUUCUACAAAGUUUUGGCCGGGUGCACAGCAUUGGACGGCAAGCCGUAUGAUAACGAGCUAAAUCUAAACUUAUGCCUCGUCAACGACCAUGGAAAAAUACAAUGGAGGAGACGAGGCGGUUUUGAUAAGUCAUGCGAAAAGUGUUCACUUGGUAAAGCCAACAAGAAAAAGGUCGAGAUGACGUGCUAUUGCGCCGAUGGAGUCAAUAAAGAAUUGCGGAUGAACAUCAUUGACCUUAAUAAACGUAUUGAAUUGAGAGGAAAUACGAUUUGGUGCGGUGAAGAGAUGGGAAUCGCAAGUACCCUGAAAUGA